GUUUAAAAUUUUUUUGUAGCUUUUAGUGAGGCGAAGCGGGGGGGGGGCUCUUGGUCGGGACGACGUUCGUCGUUGUUGCUCGGUGGCAACAGUUUUUAUUUCUUAUUGUUUUCGUAGCGGAAUUUACACCGCGACGAUGAGCAACCAAUACGUGUACGAUUUCGACGCGCCCACCUGCUUUGACUUUGGCAGCGUGGCGGACAACGACAACGCGGACGCGUGGUUCGAUAACAGACGAGAAGAACACCAGGCUUUCCCCGAAGGGGCUGAAUUGCUUGUGGAGGACCUGCCGGUGAUGAGCAACGUCGACUCAGGCAAGGGGGUAGAACUGCUGGAUGAAGAGAUGAUUGAUGAGGAGGAGGCUGAGGCAGGCGAGGGAACGGCGUCGAAUGCCGAGUUCCUCACGAAGCGAAACGAAGACGCGGCGACAGCGGGCGCCAAGUCUGCAGACAACGUAGCCGCGCAGGAAACCCGUGCUGACAUUCCACAGAUGAGUAUUGAGAAGCUUCCGGGCACCUUUGAGCCUUCAGAAGGGUAUAGUCGCCGUGUUGCUGCACAGUUGGCCAUGGAAGCGAUGACCCCUGCUAAAGAUGAACUCUUGGACCAGGGAGGUGACAUGCUCGAUGCCCCUAACCGAGUUGAAAAGGGUGACGGUGAUCGUGCAUCGGUAAGCAUAGAUAUGGAGUGCGCGACAGAUAAUACCGUGGAGGAGGGAGCGGACAUCCCCAUGUGCGUGGGAAAUUCAAAAUAUGACGUUGCUUGUCCUGCUGAAGAAACGCGCGAGGAAGAAGCGAAUGUAAACCAGCGUGAAGCCGCAGAGAAAGACGGCGGCAUCCAUUUGAAGCAACAACCUGCGGAAGGAAACAAUUCCGCCAAGGAAGACCUCUGUGGUGAUGACGACGACGACGACGAUGAGUCUUCGGAAGGGAAGAGUGUGGUGGCGGCUCGGUCUGAAGCAGAAAACGAUCCGAAAGAAACUCGUGAGCCAGGCACAGACCUCUUCAACCUGUGUAGGUCUAUGACGAAGUGGCGCCCUAGCGUUAACACAGGCGCUCAGGUGGCUUCUGUCGUUCCUCCCGCCACCCGCCGGAGUGCUAUUGUGACAAGAUUGGACCCGUUGGUUGGCCAGAAGAAUCGUGCCUUGGUGCGAAAGCAGUUGACCAACAUCCGCGCAGAGAGACGCACGAUCAGUGUCACGGCCACUGCCAGCAGCAGUCUCUCUUCUCCGGCCGUCAAGAGAAGCAAAAGAUCGGGAUCUUUGCCUAAAAGCUCUGCAGCUGGGGUUGCCCAGCCGAAAUUGAGGUCGACCAAGUCAGCGGAGGACCGGGAGCUUGAGACAAUGGAAGCCAAGCAGCAGGCACCCCAGCGACUGAAGAGAGUUUCUACAUUCACCUUCCGCACGGAUCAACGGGCGAAGGCGAGCGAUCAGGUUGGCGAGCCGUAUCAGCACGUUGACUUCAUUGCCAACCUCCGCAAAUCAUCGGCCGCUUCCCCGAGGAAGAAGGCUCAGCCCAACAUAACAGUGAUCCAGCCGUUCAAAUUGAUGACUCGUGGGAGCAAGCGCAAGUUUGAAGAGGCGCUGCAGAGUGGCAGGUUGAUCAGCCAUCCCACGAAGGGCACUGCAUCAUUCAAGAGCAUGGCGGAGCAGCUGCUGGAGUUUGAGCGGCGCACGCCGCAGAGGUUCCACCUGCGUAGCCGCAUGGCUUUAGAGAAAGGUCCUUCUCCGAUAGCAGCCCGGCCAGACUCCUGCACGAUGCCCAUGACGCCGCGCCUGGUGACGCGCACGCGCCACCGGUCCCCCAAGUGCAAGAGCAGUGCGCAGCUGGAACAGGAGGAGCUGGAGCGCAUCCAAGCGCACCAGUUCAAGGCACAAAAGUUGGACCCCCAUCUGCUGGAGCCGGGCUCUGUGGCCAUCGGACGCUGUCGCUCGCACGAGGGCGCCCGCCUGGCGGCGGAGACUGAGCAGCGCGUGCGCGAGCGCACGGAGGAGCGUCUGCGGCGCGAGGAGGAGGAGCGCCUAAAGGAGCGCGCCACGCACGAGUUCCACGCUCGCCCACUGCCCGUCGCCAUCCUGGAGCAAGUGUCGGGAGUGCCAGAGAAGGCGACCCUACCCAUGACCGUCCCGGAGUCCCCGGCUUUUGCUCUCAAGCAGCGUGCGCUCACCCGCAAGGACUUGACGCAGGUGGAGGCGCCUCGACCUGUGACCAGAGCCAACCCGAUGCCGCAAUUCGGGAUACCCUUCCAGCCCCGGCCAGAGAUGCGCAAGGUGGAGCCCGAGCCCUUCUCCUUCGACGCUCGCGACCAGGAGCGGGCCGAGCGGCGUGAGCGUCGCAUUCAGGAGAUCCGCCAGCUGGAGGAUCAGGUCCCCCAGUUCAAGGCACAGCCCGUGCCCGACCUGGAUCAUGUGACCCUGCCAGAAAAGCACUUGCGACCGCUCACCCAGCAAGAGCCUUUCCACCUGCGCGUCGACGAGCGUGGCUCCAUCAAGACCGAGCAGUUCAACAAGAAGCAGUUAAAGGAGGAGGAGGAGCAAAUGAAGGAGCACGCCACGUUCCGCGCCCGUCCGUGCCGUGUGACCACCACCGCGCCCUUUGUGGCGCAACGUCAUCCCCGCAUCCUCACCUCAGGUGUGGAGAACGUGGAGCUGAACACGGUACGGCGUGCCCGCGAGCGUGCCGAGUACGACGCCCAGCUCGCCGAGCAACGCCGGCUGAACGAAGCCGCGUGGGAGCAGCGGCUGCAGGAGCAGGCGGAGGCGGAGCGCCAGAUGAUCCUGCAGCAGCGCAAAGAAGUUGUGCACAAAGCCAACCCGGUUCGCCACUACAAGGGUGUGGUGAUACAGCAGAGCAGUCGUCCUCUCACCAAUCCGCGCUCGCCAUGCUUCUCCGAUCGCUUUGGCUUGUGAUGGCUGGGCCCCGAACGGUCCGGUUAACUUGCCGGACCUGCCCGCACCUGUGUGGUGGCGUGAUGGUGAAAGCCUCCUUCCGUCUGUCGGUGCAGUCUUACAGAUCGACGGCAACGUUCAAGUCGCCGACAUAAAAAUACCCCCGGCAAGUUGGUUAAGCGAACGGUGAGUAAACUAAACAUAGCUCCCAUAAGCCAUUGGGUUUUAUAAAGUGAUACUAGCUUCCGUGUGCGCUCGGUAACGAGAGCAGCGUAGCACCGUUAAAGUAUUGUUUUAAACGUUUUGAAGAGGCUAUUUCUGCCCACUUGAUGAUUUCUUGCGUUAUAUGCCUCACUUUGUUUCUUGAGUGGCUGUAGUAAAAAUAUGCUAAAACAAGUAAUUUCUGUGUCUCCAUACAUCUACCGUAUCAGAUUUCAUUACCCACUUUGGCAACGUUCCCCGAAACUGUAUGAUUGGAACCAUGGUAUAUAUAGAUGCCUCGAUUUAAGCCAGAUGCUGCAUGGGUUAGGUAGAGCAUGCUGGCAGUUGGAUAUCACGUAACUUUUAAAACCAACUUGUGCGAGUUUUUAGUUGACGGUGCGGGCAGUUAAGUACCUUGGGAGUGGAAAUACUCGGUGGAUAGAGAUGAGGAAACCUCAGCAGUAUUGUAUUUGGUCGGCUUCCCACGUGGUCAGAUUCUUAUUUUAUGAUGGAGUGAAUUUAAAAAUGUUAAGAAGUUUUAAUUGAUUGUUUGCUUCCCUAGGUCUAACUAGAAGCUCGAUCGUACUGGGAAAUAGUCUUCACAACGUGGCUUUGCUCAAAUUUUCAAAUCGGAACUGUUGAGGCUUCUUCAAUGUGAUCAUCUUCUUGAACUUGAUGUUGUUGCUAAGCUGGCAUUCGCUAUGUAACACGAUUUGUGUUCUUGGGUAGUGAGUGUUAUUUUCUAAUUGCUUAUGCCUUCACAUGAAGUUUGUGGGGGAAUAAUAGCUAUUUUCUGUACUUUUGAAGCAUAAGCAAUUAGAAAUGAACACUACCGAGGAACAACUUUCAUUGUUGCACUGAAUUAUCGAAGUAAAGACGCAAAGAGUGGGAGCCCACUUGUUCGAAGUGAAUGCAGCUUAGGUGCGUUGGUGAAAACUAGCGCGUUACGAGUGAAUUUAAUUUGCUUUGCAGUCGGUUAACAGCAAUGUGGGGGAUUGUUUUAUCUUUAGGCUUCUCCGGGUGGAAAUGGUAUUGACAUUUGGGAUGUUUGUAAAUUCACUGCAAGGGUACAUUGAAAGGUUGAACAUUUGUCACAUUUUUCUUAUCUUUAGUUCAAAUUAUAACCCGUUGCCUUUAACGCCGCUUUUGUGUACAAUAAAACUGUUUUCCAAUUACAAAA